AUGAAUCCUUCUCAGCCUCCUCCUCCACAUGGCUCCGGCCCACGUGAGCAGCCGACGACAACCGAGUCCAGCCAGGGGGAAAAUGAAAAGCUCGAAUCCAGCCCGCACGACGCUGGUUCAACGACAGCAACAUCACUCUUGAGCCGAGAACGAUGGCGCGACGCUGCCCGUACUGUCCGCGAGCAAACAGGUCGUCUAGCAGACAUUCUCGGACGUCCGGUAUCGCACGGCGAAUCUGGAUUGGGCGCGGCACAGGUCGAUCCAGAGAAACUGGGCUCAACAGACGACGACCAGCUCGCUGCAAUCUUUCGCAGUAAUGACGACGAGAGAUCCAAUGAGUCGCGGUACAAUCUUGCCGUGCAGGCGCAGGCGGAGCGGUUGAUGCACGGUCUCCGAGCGGGGACUGAGUCGGUACCUGACUCCGAUGCGACGACUCUAGCUGAGAUCCCAAGCUCUGAUGUCGAGGCGAGGGGGAAUCCCCCGCCGCCGCCGAUUGCACCGGGUGGUAUUCUCUCGGCGCUGCUGCAGUUGCAGAAUCAUUCGCGGUCGAGUAGCAUGUACUCACUGGAGUCGGACCACGAGUCCCAGCCAUCGCUGAAUCUUGGACCCGGGAGUACUCCUGGCAGGACAAAACCACAGAAAUGGUACAACAAGUCUGCGCACACAUCUACAGCCUCCUUGGCCCGCGCAUCGAUGAACAUGACGCAGAUGGAUCUUUCAUCUGCCAUGGGAAAUGCAGGCACCGGAUCGGAAGGAGAAGCUAAGAAGGAGGGCAUGAAGAAAAAGAAAAGGAACAAGGGCCCCAGGAAGAAAUCCAGCAAAGAGGUCAAACUCACUAUCCACAUUGCAGAAAUCAUCUUCCGCCAGCGAUACAUUAUGCAGCUUUGUCGCGCGUUUAUGCGCUAUGGAGCGCCCACCCAUCGUUUAGAGGAGUACAUGCAGAUGACUGCCCGAGUGCUGGAUAUCAAUGCGCAGUUCAUGUAUCUUCCCGGGUGCAUGAUCAUGUCCUUCGACGACCCGCUUACUCGAACUGCAGAGGUCAAGCUCAUUCGGGUACCCCAGGGCCUGGACCUAGGCCGGCUUGGGGACGUCCAUCUGUGCUAUAAGCGUGUGACGCACGAUAUGGUCGACAUGCAGACGGCAAUUGCAGAGCUAACCGAGCUGAUGGAUCGUAAGCCACGAUAUAACCGGUGGCUGGUUAUUUUCUUGUAUGGGCUGGGAUCUGCAGCGGUAGGGCCCUUUGGCUUUGGGGCGCGACCGAUUGAUAUGCCCAUCAUCUUCUUCCUGGGGUGCUGUGUUGGGUUCAUGCAGCUGAUCCUUGCCCCACGAUCACCGCUAUAUGCAAAUGUCUUCGAGGUGUCUGCAGCCAUCCUUGUUUCGUUCCUUGCGCGGGCUUUUGGGAGUAUUCGACUUCCCGGACACUCCGAUCCGAUAUUCUGCUACGCGUCAAUCACCGAGUCAUCGAUCGCGUUGAUUCUCCCUGGAUUCUCCGUGUUGAGCAGUAGUCUCGAACUACAAUCGCAUCAAAUGAUUGCCGGAUCCAUUCGCCUUGUCUAUACCAUCCUCUACUCCCUAUUCCUCGGCUACGGCGUGACCGUGGGAACCACCAUCUACGGCGCCAUUGAUUACGAUGCCACGAGCGACACCACGUGCGCACGACAGGAUGUCUGGGGCAGUCCCUACACGCAACGUUUUCCCUUUGUCGCACUCUACUGCCUCAUCGCAGCACUCAUCAACCAGUCGAAACUCCGACAAACACCCAUCAUGAUCCUCAUUGGGACGGCAGGGUAUGUAACCAACUAUUUCAGCACGCAGCGUCUGGGUUCCUCCUCCGAAGUGGCAAAUACAGUCGGUGCAUUCACGAUCGGCCUCCUCGCCAAUCUGUACAGUCGCCUCUGGCAUGGGAAUGCAGUUAGUGUGACGAUUCCGGGAAUCUUCACGCUCGUGCCAUCCGGGUUGGCGUCAUCGGGUUCGAUCCUGUCUGCGAUCGAAUACUCGGAUUCAGUCAAGAACGGGACGGCAAAUACAUCGGGCGGGACGUCAGGCAGCUCACUGACGAGCUUGGGCUUCGGAAUGAUUCAGACGGCGAUUGGGAUUACAGUUGGGUUGUUUGUUGCGGCGUUGAUUGUGUAUCCGCACGGGAAGAAGCGGAGUGGGCUGUUUUCUCUGUAG